AUGGGACCUCAACUGCGCAGAUGGCUGACCCCGUACCCCGGAAAGUACCACCCAUCACAGUUUGCAACUAACCCUGCAACAGCAACAGAGCUCUUUAACAAGAGGCACUGCAGGUUGCGUUCCAAGGUUGAGCGCGCCAUCGGGAUUCUCAAGCAACGGUUUCAGAUCCUCGGCCCAAAGACAAGCAGGAUGUCUAUUGAACGAAUGGAGCUGCUUAUUCUUGCGUGCGGGCACCUCUACAAUUUCAUAGGCGUCACACCCGCAGACAUUGACGAGGCGCCGGACCUCCAGCCACCCGAUCAAGUCGAUGCAGGCGAGGAGCAUCAAGUGUCGAACGCGGCAAAGGCAUGGCGCAACAGCCUCCGCGCUGCAUGCUGGGCGCAGCGUUCGAAGUACUUGCCUCAGUGA